CCCCAGCUCCGGAACCAGCAGCUCGGGCCUCACGUUCCUUCGCCCGGGCUAGAAUCUGUGUCAGCUCCAGAUCCCCGGCCGGCCACCCCUGCGGAGGCCACGCCGAGGGAGCAGAGAGGCUCCGUUGAGGACCCCAGAAGGGCGGAGGGAGCGCGCUCCCUCCCAAAGGAAAGACAGUUGUGGGGCUGAUGAAAGGGAAGCAGGGGCUGGCGGGCGAGAGCGGGGGCGUGACGGGGAGACGAAAGCUCCGGGGAGGGAGAGAACCGGACCACCUGGAGGUCCGCCGCGACGUCGGGCUGGAGCUGGAGGGGGUGAGGAGCCGGGAGGGGGCGCGCAAUUUAGCCCGAGGGUCCUGAGCUGAAACUCAACACCCGCCUUUGGAGGGCUCGUCCCCCUUUCUCCUCCGCCCCUUCCCUUCCCCUCCCUUUUCCCCUCCCUCCUUUCUCUUAAUCCCCGGGACUGAGCCCCGCGCCGGAGCCGAGAGGGCCCGAGGGGAGGAGAAAGGAGCUGCACCCAGAGGGCGCCGGGAGCCUGGGAAGGGGAGGGAAGGGGAGCCGCGAGCGGGGGGUGAGCCUGAAAGCAGCGCGCGACCCCCGGACCCUUUCCAGCCCUCUCAGUGCCCCCCCCACCCCACUUCCAGGCGAGUCCGCAGGACCCUAGCCGCUGCGCCUCCUUAGUCUUCUGUUUGCUCUUUCUUUUGCUUUGUGGCCUUUCUCUCGGUUCCCAGAGACACCUGGGCUGCCACGAGCCCUGGGGUGCUCAGAGGGGCCCCGCCAAGGGUGCGUGUAAGCGGGGCGGCGGGGGCCAGCAUCCUGGGCCAGGGGGCCGAAGGUGGGAGCGGGAGUGCUGGCGCCGAGGGUUGGAGGGGGCCGCGUGGGGAAGGCCGUCCCGCCCCCUCGAGCCCGGCCCUCGUGCACGUAGCGAGGCACGGUCCCGGCGCCCCCAGACCCCCAGGCGCGCUGCGAGCAAGUGUGCGUGCUCGGGAGCUCGCCUUGGGGGCUUCGAGCGUUGGGGCAGAAAGCCGCCACUGGGGUCGUCCAGCCCAGCCUCCCUGCUCUCCGAGGCCUUUGGCUCCAGCCUGGCCUCCGCUGCCAAGUCGGGCGACUUUGAAGAGAGACAAACUUCUCGAUUUUCACUACCCCCGCCCCCUCCCUCGCAGCGGGGCUGCUGCAGAGCCCCCGACGCCCGGAUCUCAGCCCCGGGAGCACCGCUCUCCGGCGCGGCUCCGGGUGGGGAAGGUUGGCCCCUAAACUCGUUCGUCCAGCCCGACCGCCCCGGCGGCUUCUCCCUGCCCUCGAGGCCGUCCUGAGUGGCCCGAAGAGGCGUCGAGCGCAGCCCCAGCUCCCACCUCCUCGCCCUUCCUGGCACUGGAAGGAAGCUUUGGGCCCAUGCGGACCCAGGGUGCCCCCGAGGCCUAGGACAGGCAGCUCCGGGGCCUGGCCCACCCUGCAGCCGCCGGGAGGCCGCGGGGACGGGGCAGAGCGCGCGCCCUUGGAUGAGGUCCCGCAGCGACGCCCCGGCCCGCCCUGCUCCUCCUCCUGCCCGGCCAAGCUGCCUCCCAUUUGGGGAGUUUUGUGGGUUUUCUUUCUCCUCCUCCAACCUCUGGGGAGGCCACGAUUCAGGCGCCGCAGCCGGGGGCCGCCUCCAUGGUGCGGGUCAGCCGCUGCUGAAGUCAGCGAAACCGAGCCUGGCCUGGAGCUGGCCGCGAGGAAGGCCAAGGCCAUGGCCAUAGCCACGUCGGCCCAGCUGGCCCGGGCACUGUACGACAACACAGCUGAGUCCCCGCAGGAGCUGUCCUUCCGCCGAGGGGACGUUCUACGGGUGCUGCAGAGGGAAGGUGCUGGUGGGCUGGAUGGCUGGUGCCUCUGCUCCCUGCACGGCCAGCAGGGCAUCGUGCCUGCCAACAGAGUGAAGCUCCUUCCCGCUGGCCCAGCACCCAAGCCUGGCCUCUCCCAGGUACCCCCAACCCAGCCAGGCUCACCACAUCCAGCCCCAGAGCACGGCAGUGAGGACCAGGAGUUGUACGUGGUGCCACCCCCAGCUCGACUCUGUCCUACCUCAAGACCUCCAACUGGACCCUGCCCACCCUCCCCUGACCCCAUCUACAAGGUCCCCAGAGGUGGUGGGACCCAACUGGCUGCCCCUGGAGCUGCCUUGGAGGUCUAUGACGUACCCCCCACUGCCCUCCGAGUUCCCUCCAAUGGCCCCUAUGACUCCCCGGCCUCCUUUGCCCGCCCUCUGGCUCAGGUUGCCCCCCAGUCCCUUGGAGAGGAUGAAGCUCCCUAUGACGUGCCUCUGGCCCCAAAGUCACCAUCAGACCUGGAGUUAGAUCUGGAGUGGGAGGGGGGCCGGGAGCCAGGGCCCCCCCUCUAUGCUGCCCCCUCCAACCUGAAACGAGCAUCAGCCCUGCUCAAUCUGUACGAAGCACCAGAGGAACUGCUGGCAGACGGGGAAGGCGGGGGCGCUGACGAGGGCAUCUACGACGUCCCCCUGCUGGGGCCGGAGACACCCCCUUCUCCAGAGCCCCUGGGAGCUUCGGCCUCCAGUGACCUGGACACCCUGGCCCUCGUUCUGGCCAGAAGCCCCCUACCCCCACACAGGCCCCGGCUGCCCUCAGCCGAGAGUCUGUCCCGUCGCCCCCUGCCUGCCUUGCCUGUGCCGGAGGCCCCCAGCCCUUCCCCGGCUCCUUCUCCUGCUCCAGGCCGGAAGGGCAGCAUCCAGGACAGGCCCCUGCCCCCACCCCCACCGCGCCUGCCUGGCUACGGGGGUCCCAAGGUGGAGGGGGAUCCGGAGGGCAGGGAGGUGGAGGACCACCCAGCAGGACACCACAACGAGUACGAGGGCAUCCCUGUGGCCGAGGAGUAUGACUACGUCCACCUGAAGGGCGUGGAUAAAGUUCAGGAAACCAGGCCUCCAGAUAAGGCCUCCCCAGGGGAUCCUGAGCAGCUGGAGAGGGAGCCGCCAGAGCAGCAGGAGGCCCUGUCCCCCGGGGAGCCACUGGUUCUGCCCACUGGAGAUCUACAGCUCCUGCACUUCUACGCCGGGCAGUGCCAGGGCCACUACUCAACACUGCAGGCGGCUGUGGCGGCCCUGAUGUCCAGCACCCAGGCAAAGCAGCCCCCGCGCCUCUUUGUGCCCCAUGGCAAGCGGGUGCUGGUGGCUGCUCACCGCCUGGUGUUCGUUGGGGAUACCCUGGGCCGCCUGGCAGCCUCUGCCCCUCUGCGAGCACAGGUCGGGGCCGCGGGCACAGCACUGGGCCAGGCAUUGCGGGCCACUGUGCUGGCCAUCAAGGGGGCUGCCCUGGGCUACCCAUCCAGCCCUGCAGCCGAAGAGAUGGCGCAGUGCGUGGCGGACCUGGCAGGGCGGGCCCUGCAAUUCACCACUCUGCUCACCAGCCUGGCCCCCUGAGCCCCUUGUCUCUGCUCUGCCCUCACCUGCCUCCCAGAGCCGCCUCCAGUCCUCAGGUGGCUGGAGGGCUCUGUUUUCAGGACUAGGAGACACUGAGGCAUCUUUCCCCCUACUGCCCUUUUCAGGCAUCUCAGCCUCUCACUGAAGCCCCUCCUCCCCUACCCCACAGCUUUUUGUACGAGCCAUUUUGUAUAAAUUAUUUAUAUUUAAUAUUAUUCCCUGCUUUGUCAGGGGCAGGCACCAGGCCCUCCAGGGACCUUCCUCCUUCCUCAGCCUGGGGUGGAGGCUCUUGGGCACUGCAAGGCCAACCCCUCCGGAAUCUUAACCCCACAGAGAGCCAAGUAGCUGAAACCUAGAGCCACCAGGAGCCCCUUUUUUGUCCUGUGUCUUGGCUUUGGAACAUCGGCGCCUCCCUGUUAGCCAAGAGCAAGGGCAGAAUGUUGGCAGCCCAGAGUGGGAAGGUCUGGGAGAGGCCAGAGGACUCCUCCACGCAGAAGCAGGAGAGCUGGGCCUCUGACAUGGUGCACCUCAAUAAACCGGGCUUUCUGGUUCCCCGACUCUGCUUCCUGGGAGCCUGGGGGGCAGACCCGGCACCCUCAGCCAAACUGUUGGGACACAUACUGUGGGCAGUCUGCCCUUAGGGUUUGUGGGGAAGUUCUGCUGUUUCUCCAACUGUUCAUCUAGCAGGUUCUCAGCUCCCAUGAUGUGCCAGGCACAGUUCUGACGGUCCAUUGUGGGGGUGGGCUGGAUAGAAACAAGUCAGCUGAAACAAGUAAAUAAAAAAAAAAGGAACCUGCCA